UCUCUAAGUUUAUGUGUUCUGUAGUUGAUAACCCAGAAAUCGACCUAGAAGUAUAAACAUAAACAAAUGAAAACAUUUGAGUUAAUCAUUUGCUACAAUAAAAAUUAUUUGAGAUGAAUUGGGAUGAAGAUAUCGAUUUAUUGACAGGAAAAAAGUCUGCCCCUAAGCAAGGUAGAAGAUCAAAUCAAAAUAUGGGAGUAGAAGAAAAUGAAGAUCUCACUAGGAGUAUGGAUGAAAACACAUUCGAACCUGUGAAGGUGAAGAAAACAAGUGUUUGGAGUGAAGAUCCUCCUAAAUCAUCUAGAUCUGCUGCAGGAUCUAAUAUGAUAGAGCUAGAAAGAUUUCAGAAUGACAGAGUUGAGUUGGAUGAUGAUAUUCCGAUAAUUCCAGAUAUCGAUGAUCUCCAAGAUGAUUCUUUGAAUUUGUCAGAUGUGAAACCAAUCAUUUCCGUGAACAAAUCAACAUAUAAGGAACUGGACAACCAAUUUGAAAAUUUUCAGAGUGAACAAAUUAGCAUUGGAAAUUUGGGUGAUAUUGAUUUGUCUUUUCUGAUGAAUAAGUUGUAUCCUGAGAAGGAAGUUCAGCCAUGCACAGAGAUUUGGACAUUGGAUUCUUUAUUCACCGAUCUAUCGAAAGCAAAUUCGUGAUUUUCGGAAUAUUUUUGGUUAUUACCCAAAGAUUUUGGCUGCACCAUUGUUAAUUUGAAUAAUUUUCAUUGUAUGAUAGAGAAGAAUACUGUUUUACAUCUUGAAGUGAAUGUAGAUAGAACACCAUUUUGGCCACUUUUUAAUAAAAAGCUUAACAAGGCACCAUUCAAAUAUCUGUUCAGUUUCGUAGUAGCUAUAGUUUUGACUAAGGUUUGAAUUCACCAUAAUAAUUAUUGCACGUUCCUAAUUUUAUAAUUGUGCCGAUUUUUAUAAGAGAGUCAGAGAAUGAAAAAUAAAGUUCAAUUUUACUUAACUCUCUACUAGGGAAUAUCAGUUUCAUUAGUUAAUUAUCAAAACAUAACCAUAAAAAAAUAGUGAAAUGUUAUAAAAUAGUUGAAAUAA